CACUACAAACAAUAUGCACUUUUGCUAAAAGCAAUCUCCCAGUUUAUGUCUGAAUUUUAUCAGGAUUUAGUACAAUUUCCCCCAUUUCUUAAUGAAUUGCUGUAAAGCUAUGUUAAUAAAGGAACAACAUUUGUUUUCUUUUUUUUUCUUCUUCCAGAUAAGGCCGUGAAGUGGACAAGAUUAACGGAACAUUUGAUUAGAAAGCUGCGUUCAUUUCGACCAUGAUACAAACCCAGGGGACAUUUGUACUAGACACAGAAAUAUGUUUCACGUCAAGAAACGUGUCUAGAAAAUGUUGUUAAUACAGACAAAUACUCUGCUGUGGACCUGGAGCCCUGAUCUAACGUAAAAAAACGUUAAAAAGGCGUUAAAAAGAGUAACAGAAUUUAUGCUUUCUUAAAAAAAAUUUUACGGAAUAUUUACGCAUUACUCCCUUUAGGUUUAGUGACAUACCAAAUCUCACAUUGUGAUAAUGAUUAAUGACCUAACGUAAAGGAAAUAUGUCAUCUUACUGGACUACCGUGGAGUAACUAAUUGGUUUUUAAUUAUUUGAAACAACAUCUUUCCUGUGAUAAUGGCAUUCGAAAGAAGGAAAGAAAACAUACCUGAUGGUAUUAUAGCAGAAGAAGCUACGGAGAUGACAGAAAUGCACGAAAUUUCCGAUCGGCAAAAUAUGGAGGAUGAACAAUUAAUGUCGGAAAUGCCACAUUCGCCACUAUGGAGUCAGAGCGACAAACAGGCUGCUCAGAAAAUGAUGCUCGACAAAUAUAAAGCUAAAGUGCGGCCAACCAUGAAAGCCACUAUUCAAGGGAAAGUUUAUAACUUUCUUGAGAGACCGACUGGAUGGAAGUGUUUUAUCUACCAUUUUACCGUAUUCAUGAUGGUGCUGAUAUGUCUUAUAUUUAGUGUGUUGUCAACAAUAGAACAGUAUGGAGAUUUUGCAAAUGCAACACUCUUCUGGAUGGAGAUAGUUCUAGUUGUGUUCUUUGGUGUAGAAUAUGUAGUGAGAUUAUGGUCCGCUGGUUGCCGUAGUAAAUACAUAGGUGUACGAGGACGUUUUAGAUUUGCACGGAAACCAAUUUCUAUUAUAGAUUUUCUAGUUGUUACAGCAUCAGCAGUAGUAUUAGCAGUAGGAUCCAAUGGUCAAGUGUUUGCCACAUCUGCAAUAAGAGGAGUUCGUUUUUUACAGAUAUUACGAAUGUUACAUGUUGAUCGUCAAGGUGGCACAUGGCGACUUCUUGGUUCCGUUGUAUACAUUCAUAGGCAGGAACUUAUUACCACUUUGUACAUAGGCUUUCUCGGGCUCAUCUUCUCUUCUUACUUUGUGUAUUUGGCCGAAAAAGAUGCAGAGCCGGACUCUGGAUCUAAGUUCAACAGCUAUGCAGACGCCCUCUGGUGGGGGGUUAUAACAGUUACAACAAUAGGUUAUGGUGAUACAGUUCCUCAGACGUGGAUGGGGAGAAUUGUUGCCUCAUGUUUCUCAGUGUUUGCAAUAUCAUUCUUUGCUCUUCCAGCUGGAAUCCUCGGUUCUGGAUUUGCCUUAAAAGUUCAACAGAAGCAGAGACAGAAACAUUUUAAUCGUCAGAUUCCGACGGCAGCAUCGCUCAUACAGAGUAUAUGGCGUUGCCAUGCCGCCGACCCUAAGUUUAAAUCGGAAGCAACGUGGAGGAUUCACUAUCAUCCUUAUCAUCAUCAUCAUCAUAAUCAUCACUAUCCACACAUGUUCAGCUCAAACCCUGGCUCAAACAACGCGCUGAGUCGCAUGGCGAGAAGAGCCAGUCUUCUCACUCGUAGAUUCUCAUCGCAGAAAUUACAUAAUCCAGAUACUCCAAAUAUUGUACAGAAUUGCUCAGAUGUAAAUAGUCAGUAUCAACAUCCAGUACAGGACACAUCUAUAGAUGAUGAUUUUGGUUAUCACAUGGUCUCUAGACCUGAACAUCUCACAGAAUCUCAUAAAGUUAUGAUACGUGUAAUAAGAAAAAUAAAAUUCUUUGUGGCGAGAAGAAAAUUUCAGCAAGCCCGUAAACCAUACGAUGUACGGGAUGUGAUAGAACAGUAUUCUCAGGGUCAUUUGAACAUGAUGGUUAGAAUUAAAGAGCUACAACGAAGGUUAGAUCAAACGUUAGGAAAGCCGAGUUACCUAGGUAACAUGAAAGACAAAGAUAGAAUGACACUUUCUUCCAGGGUAGCAUCUAUAGAACAUCAGGUAUCUAGGUUGGAUAAGAAAAUGGAUCAGACUUUAGUUUUAUUAAACAUUCUUGUGAAAUCUCAGCAACAAAGUGAAAGACCUUUAUAUGCAAGAAGUUUAUCAAGGGAGAGCACUCGUUCUGGAAAUAGAGAUAAUAAAGACAAUACAAGACCUCGUAGAACUUCUGAAGGUUUAGACGACAGCGGUAGUUUCGAGUCAAAUCAAACUGUUGAUCAUUCGGAGAAAAGUAAAAAGGCAAUAGAAGAAAUAAUAUCUGAAGAGAAAGAUGAUUCCUAGCAGAGUUGUUUCCCCUGUUAACCUACUAUUCCUGGACAAUUCUUUGAAAAGUUAUCUCCCCUUUUCAGCUUACUUUCCGAUGAAUGUUCCCUUUUAAAGGGAGUUAAGCCAUGGAAAUGUUGAGGAGAAAAUUGCCAAAUUCAGUGCAAUUUCAUAUUUGUGUAACCUGUUGUCUAAACAAUUUGUAGGUUAUACUUACAUGAACUUUUUUUACUCAUUUUAAUCAGGUUUCAUGAUAACUGUAUUGUGAUUUUUUUAAGCACUUGUGUACAGUUUUAGCUCCACUUUUCAAAGAAAAAAAUCAGAGGUUUUUACUUCAAAUUUGAAAUACUUGUUAAGUAUAAAGAGCAAAUAAUUCUGCCAAUCAGUUUUAAAGAAUUAUGCCCCCCCCUUGUUUACUUUUACAAUACAAUCUAGCAUUGAGAAAAGUGCAGCGGCGUGCUCAUCAUUGAGCUCUUGUUUAAAGAUAUUUUUUACAAAAGGUUGUUGAAUAAAAUAAAAAUUGGUUUUGAACUAUAAUAAAAUUUCCUUUAAUUUAAUAAAGGCGUUUUAUUUUUUAUUCACUGUUGGAUUUUUUACAAUUUUUAUAAAGUGUCAAUUUUAUUUUUAAUUAAUGAUUGGUAUUUAAUAUAUUGACUUGUAUUGGAUGAUUAUCAUUCAAUAUCAAAAUAAAAAUGAGAAGUGUCCAGUGCUUUUGGGGUCAUGUGGAAAACAUUUGAACCGCGUCACGACAAAACUAUCAUAGUGCGUUUGCGACCUGCAUGGAUCCAGACCAGUCUGCUCAUCCGCGCAGUCUGAUCAGGCUCCAUGCUGUUCGCUAUCAGUUUCUCUAUUUGUAAUAGAGUUUGAAAUCGAACAGCAUGGAUCCUGAUCAGACUGCACGGAUGCGCAGGCUGGUCUGGAUCCAUGCUGGUCGCAAACCCAUUGAGUUGGUUUUGUCAUGAUGUGGCUCAUUUAUUAACCCUUAUAUUUCUAAAUAUAUUUAAUGGACUUGUCUGUCUUUCAAUUUAGACAAAACCAUUCAUCAUUUUUACUGAAAAUUGUAAAAUAUGUGUACUGACUGAAAAGUGAACAGUGCAGACCAUGAUCAGAUGGCACAAAUGUCAACAGAUCUUGGUUUGUAC